AUGGUGUAUGUGUCAUGUGCAUUGGGAUGCCCGUAUGAAGGAAACAUCAUACCAGCUAAAGUGGCAGAAGUAUCUAAGCGGCUGUACAGUAUGGGCUGUUAUGAAAUCUCUCUGGGGGACACAAUUGGUGUGGGGACUCCUGGAAGUAUGAAAAGAAUGUUGGAAGCUGUUAUGAAAGAAAUUCCUCUGAGUGCUCUUGCUGUUCACUGUCAUGACACGUAUGGCCAGGCGUUAGCCAAUAUCCUCACAGCCAUACAGAUGGGAGUUGCUGUAGUGGAUUCAUCGGUUGCAGGACUGGGUGGUUGUCCCUAUGCAAAAGGUGCUACUGGAAAUGUAGCCACAGAGGACGUGAUAUACAUGCUUAAUGGUCUGGGGGUCAAUACAGGAGUAAAUCUUUAUACAGUGAUGGAAGCUGGAAACUUCAUCUGUACAGCUUUGAACAAGAAAACAAACUCAAAGGUUGCACAAGCUUCCUUCAAUACUGGACCUAUCAAUUAAAUGGAUUUUUUUUGCAGCUUAAUUACAUUUGUCAUCUACCUUGACCAAGGGCAUUUGUAUCAAGAAAACAAAUAUAAGAGAACCAUUUCAGCAAAGAACCAAAAUAGAACCCAUAUGUAACUUUUUAUUAUGGGAAGAGUUACUGUACUGUAUUGUCUUGUCAAGAAUUGUCUGAUUUGUAAGCAAGAAAUAAAUGACUGUAGUACAGAACCCUGUGCUUGGUACUUCUACAGGUGAGAAAAAUGUGUAAACACCAGGACAUUUUACCAUGUUUUAAAUUGAAUUUUAGUUCUUUUCAGGAAAACUGAAUAGAAGCAAUGAAUACAUAGUUAAUUUUUAAUCAAGAUGAUUUUUUGAACAGUACAAAUAUUUGCAGUAAUUUAUGAGAUCCCACACUGUGUGUGGCCAUUCUAUUAUGUGUUUUAUUUAUCUGAAUCUUUACUUUUCAUUUGUCAAGUCAGUUGUGUUAUGAACAUGGAGCCAAAUCUGAAUUCACCAUAAGAAUUCUUUAGCUAUAGCACUUUUUUAUUUUUGUUUUGUUUAACAUCUGUUAGGUGUAUGGAUGACUUUAUCUUGUUCCAAGACUUUGUGGUCAAUGGCAGUCUGCCAG